AGCACUUAGAGCCGCGGGCGGAUGUGGCCGCGGGGACUUCUGGGAAUUGUAGUCCGCGGCCUGGAUGCGCCCGUCCGCUCAGCAGUGCGCACGCGCGCGGCCACUGUCCGCCGGAACCCGGCCAGCAUGGAAGAUGAGUGUCCCAGGGGAACGCCACGCCGCUUCAGCCGCGCUAGGAGCGGGUUCUGGGCAUGCGCGGCCAUGCAGUUACGUGGGCUCGACCACAAUCCCCUCUUACGGACCCCGAUCGCCCGCGUUAGUGGUGACCAUGGUUGGCAUCUCCCUGUGACUGGUGGUCGGUCUCCCUGAAGGACUGAGUGCGGAAUUCUGGGGAUUUGUGGUCAGGAGUGCUGCUGAGCAUGGGCAGCUGUGAGAGGGCACAGAUGGGCAUGGAGUCGCGCCCUGGAGCUGCCUGUCUCACGUGAGGAGACCAGGUAAAGCCCACCUACCCCCACUGUGACUUUCUGCCCCACCUUCCCAGCACUCUGCCCUGCUCUCAGAGCGGACCCUCAAGACAGAGGGAAGGAUGCCAGCUGCCCGUGGGAAAUCCAGGUCCAAGGCUCCAGUGACAUUUGGGGACUUGGCCGUGUACUUCACCCAGGCAGAGUGGGAGUGGCUGAGCCCCGUGCAGAAGGCACUGUACCAAGAUGUCAUGUUGGAGAACUACCAGGUUCUGGUCUCUCUCGGACUCUGCUUGCGGAGACCAAACCUUAUCAGCUUACUGGAGAAAGGCAAGGCACCCUGGGUAGCAGAGCCGGUGAGACGACGCCGGGGCCCAGACUCAGCAUCUAAAUUUGAGACCAAAAGGUUAACUCCCAGUCAGUGCAUCAAAGCCGGACAAAGCACCAAUCAGAAAACCAAUUCGGCACCACAAAAAUCCCCCACAGGAAAGAGAAGCAGCAAGAAAAACUCAGUCCUAAGAAAACGCAAGAGGGUGCACUCAGGGAAGAAAUUAUUCAAAUGCAAUGACUGUGGGAAAAUCUUUAGUCAGAGCUUAUCCCUGAAGCUCCAUCAGAGUUCUCAUACUGGAGACAAACCUUAUGAAUGCAGUCACUGUAGAAAAGCUUUCAGGCAGAUCUCCUCCCUCAUGCUUCACCAGAAAAUUCACAAUGGAAAGAAAAGCCACAAAUGCGACAAAUGUGGGGAAAGCUUCAUUCAAAAAACAACCCUUAUUCUACAUGGGAAAAUCCACAGUGGAAAAGAAUCCUUUGACUGUAGGAAGCCCUUGAGUCAGUGCCCAUCUGUCAUACCUCACCAAAUCCGAAUUAUUGAGAAUGUCCACCAGUGUAAAAAAUGUAGUAAAGCUUUUAUUCGACUAUCAUCCCUUUUACUUCACAAGAAAAUUCACAACAGAAAGAAAAUAUACAAGUGCAGCAAGUGUAAGAAAAGCUUCACUAAGAAGUCAGUUUUUGUUAUUCAUAAAAGGAGCCAUAAUGGGAAGAAAACACAUGAAAAUGAGAGAGCCUUGAGUCAGAGUCAACAGCAAGGAAGCCACCAUUUAGAGAGUCCUUAUAAAUGCAGGAAAUGUGGUAAGUCCUUUAAUAGGGUUUCAUCUAUUCUUAUGCAUCAGAGAGUCCACAUGGCAGAGAAAUCCCUCAAAUGUGAUAAAUGUGAGAAGGCCUUCAGGCGUCUCUCAACCCUUAUUCUCCAUCUACGAACUCAUAAGGGAAAGAAAGUAUACAAGUGCAAUAAAUGCGACAAGGUCUGUAAUCGGCACUCAUCCCUUAUCCAGCAUCAGAAACUCCACGCAAGGAAAAAGAAACUGUUUGCAUGUAAGGAAUGUGGGAAGAUGUUUUCAGGAACUGCAAACCUUAAAAUUCACCAGAAUAUACAUUCUGAGGAGAAGCCUUUCAAAUGCAAUAAAUGUAGUAAAGUUUUUGGCCGUCAAUCAUUUCUUAUUGAACAUCAAAGAAUUCACACCGGAGAAAAACCCUAUCAGUGUGAUGAGUGUGGAAAAGCAUUCAGCCACCGAAUAUCUCUUACACGACAUAAGAGAAUUCAUACUGAAGACAGACCCUACGAAUGCGAUCAGUGUGGGAAGGCUUUCAGCCAGAGUGCACAUCUUGCUCAACAUGAGAGAAUCCACACUGGAGAGAAACCAUACGCCUGUAAGACGUGUGGGAAAGCCUUCAGUCAGCGUACGUCCCUUAUUCUCCACGAAAGAAGUCACACUGGAGAGAAGCCCUAUGAAUGUAACGAGUGUGGGAAAGCUUUUAGCAGUGGCUCAGAUCUUAUUCGCCACCAGAGAAGUCACUCGUCAGAGAAACCCUAUGAAUGUAGUAAGUGUGGGAAGGCAUACAGUCGGAGCUCUUCCUUGAUUCGACAUCAAAAUUCACAUUCUGAAGAAAAGGCCUAAGGUGUUUUGAAGUAUGUAAUGUCAAAGGGUAAGGCUCUUAGAGUAGCAGGGGGACCAGGCAGUGGUGAACCUGGUAGAGCACACAUUACUAUGCUCUAGGACCCAAGUUCACGGUCUUGGUCCUCACUUGCAGGGAGAUAGAGGGGCUUCAUGAAUGGUGACGCAGUACUACAAGAGUCUCUCUCUCCCUUGCUAUCUCCUUCCCUCUCACUUUCUGUCUCUCUAAAAAAAAAAAAAUUAUCAGACACAGAAGUAUAGUAAUUGCACGUGUCUGGAAUGUAAAUUUUGUAAUAAAACCAGACCAUUUGAUGAUGUGUCCCUUUUUGAGAGCCAAAGAGUAAAAGUCAUUGGUAACUUUUUGACUUGAAGAUUGGAGGUUUUUUGAGGUCUUGACCUUAUCCUGGGUCUUCAUUUCAAAGUAGCAAGCUGCAAUGACUGGAACACUCAUUUUAAUGAAAACCGUACUUUGAUAAGUACUGAUGUCUGAUUGCCAAAUAUAGUUUUAAACAUGUUUUGUUGGUUGUAUACAACAAAAUGAAACUGUGAAGUCCGUUUCUGUAAAUGAGAUUUUAUGCCUUUUACUUAAGGUCACACAAAGAAAGAUGAACUUUGUUCCUUAGAAUUAGAAUGAGAGCUACCAUAUAUAAAGAACUUUAUAGAAACCAGUGUGCCUGAGCCAGUGAGAUAGCUCACCUGGUAGGGCACCUAUCUUGCUAUGUAUGUAGUCCAGGUUUGAGCCCCUGGCACCGUAUUAGAUUGCUAUGGUGUCAAUGCUGUGGUAUCUUUCUGCUAUCUUGGUUUGUCAGAAAAAUAUGGCCCAGCAUGGUAAAAUCACACAUGUGCAAGGGUCCAUAAAUGCCCCUAAUAAAAUAAAAUAAAAUAAAAUAAAAAAGUAACCAGUGUGCCACUUUCAGCCAAUAGAAAUUUGUGGCUGAAAAUAAAAAGAGUGUCUUUAAGUGGAUAAAGAUAGCAUUCAUGUUUGCGUGGAACAAAUCUCUGUACCCUCUCUGUGGCUAUAAGAUCUACAUGGUAAGAAAAGUCUAAUAGUACUUGGAAAGUCUAAGGGAAGAACAAGAGGUACUUGUUGAAAGACAAUUUAGAGCAGGGAGGAAUUAUUUGUUAUUGUUUUACUUGAGAAUAUAUGUCUAUAUUUAUACAAAUAAACAUUGGUAUUUUCAUGUAAGAAUAUGUGUGCAAUAAGUGAAUGGUGAAUGUAUUGUGUACUUAUUGUGACAUUCCAAUGUCCAUAUGUUGAAGCCUCCAGCACCCACUGUAUUUGGAAAAAAGAUCUCGUGGAGGUAAUGUUAGGGCAUGGACCUUUUAAUAGAAUUGUCUUCAAAAGAGGGGAUAUCUAAGAGCUCUCUCUGCCGUGUGAGCACACAGCAGGAAGAUAGCUGUCUGCAGGCCAGGAACCUGACCCUCAUCCAUGUCCAACCAUGCUGCCAACUGGAUCUUGGACUUUUAGACUCCAGAGCUGUAAGAAGUAGUUCUGUUAUGUGGUAUAUAGUAUUUUGUUGUGGCAGCCUGAAUAGAUGUAUUAAGAUCUUUUCCUGUCAACUGUUCACUAUAUAUCUAUCACACCUCUCAGUUUCUUGUUCCAGUUUGUGCAGUGUGUGAGAAAUAAAAUCAGAGUUCUUUAUGCAA